AUGUCUCGAGUCCACGGUAUGCACCCAAAAGAGACCACCCGUCAGCUGAGUCUGGCUGUGAAAGAUGGUCUUAUAGUCGAAACCCUAACAGUGGGCUGCAAAGGUUCAAAAGCUGGCAUUGAACAAGAAGGAUAUUGGUUGCCAGGAGAUGAGAUUAGCAUUAAGAAGAAGAAUACGAACAAACAGGAGAUGGGCACAUACCUGAGAUUCAUCGUCUCCCGCAUGAAGGAGAGGGCUAUCGACCUUAACAAAAAGGGGAAGGACAACAAGCACCCGAUGUACCGGCGGCUGGUGCACUCGGCUGUCGACGUGCCCACCAUACAGGAGAAAGUGAACGAGGGGAAGUACCGAAGCUACGAGGAGUUCAAAGCCGACGCACAGCUGCUUCUCCACAACACCGUGAUUUUCUACGGAGCAGACAGUGAGCAAGCGGACAUCGCGAGGAUGCUUUAUAAAGACACAUGCCAUGAGCUGGAUGAACUACAGCUUUGCAAGAACUGCUUCUAUUUGUCAAAUGCUCGUCCUGACAAUUGGUUCUGCUAUCCUUGUAUACCUAAUCAUGAGCUGGUCUGGGCUAAAAUGAAAGGUUUCGGGUUCUGGCCGGCCAAGGUCAUGCAGAAAGAGGACAAUCAAGUGGACGUCCGCUUCUUCGGCCACCACCACCAGAGAGACGGUGAACCGGAGCCCGAGACGGAAGCAGUGAGCUCCAGCCAGGAGAUCCCCACGAUGCCUCAGCCGGUCGAGAGGGUCUCGGUGUCCACUCAGACCCGGAAGCUAAGUGCCUCUUCCCCACGGAUGCUACACCGGAGCACCCAGACCACGGGCGACGGCGUGUGCCAGAGCAUGUGCCACGACAAAUACACCAAAAUCUUCAACGACUUCAAAGACCGGAUGAAGUCCGACCACAAGCGAGAGACGGAGAGAGUCGUCCGAGAAGCUCUAGAAAAGCUGCGUUCUGAAAUGGAAGAAGAAAAAAGACAAGCUGUAAAUAAAGCCGUAGCCAACAUGCAGGGCGAGAUGGACAGAAAAUGCAAGCAAGUAAAGGAAAAGUGUAAAGAAGAAUUCGUAGAAGAAAUCAAGAAGCUGGCCACGCAGCACAAACAGCUCAUUUCCCAGACCAAGAAGAAGCAGUGGUGCUACAACUGCGAGGAGGAGGCCAUGUACCACUGCUGCUGGAACACCUCCUACUGCUCCAUCAAGUGCCAGCAGGAGCACUGGCACGCCGAGCACAAGCGCACCUGCCGCCGGAAGAGAUGAGGCGGUCCCGCGGCGCGUCUCCCCGCGAUCGCUCUUUCCAGACACAGCGGUUUUUGUUUCCAAGAAGCCAAAAUUGUUUGAAAUUUGCUUCCCAUUUUGCACCAGCCUUUAAACACUUUUCGUGAAGAAAUUUUGCACAGUAGUUUAAAUCUUUUGUUAAUGCUCCUCCGGAGUUUUUCAGGGGGUAAGAGCAACACCAGUGGAGGGUAUUAUUUUAAAUAAAUUUUAAUUGAGAAUUUGUUGCAUUUUCAGCAAAUUUUAAAACAUUUUUAGGUUUUACAGAGAUUUUAACCUUUAAACAACAGACCUUCAAAAAAACAACAGGUGAAUACAAGUGAGUUUAACAAAGAAACGUUUAGAUCUGAAUGUAAGAACUACGGAACUGUUUCGGAAAUAAAACAUACUACCUUGAUGUGACAUUUAUUUCUUAACCUUGUUGAGCUGGUUUUGUUCAGCUUAAUUUACUGUUCAGAGGCAUUAUCUGUUGGUUAUGCCAGUGGGUAUAUGAUUGAAUUUAGGGAACAGGGUUGACACAGCAGGGCUAGUCCUGCAUAUUUUUUCUUAAAUAUUUCCCAAUUGUGUUUUUCAUUAUUUCUUUUCAAUAUAUAACUUUUAUAACAAAUUAUUAGCUUUGAUCUUGUAGUUUAAAAUUGCAGGGAACUGGGGUAAUCUUUUACUGAGCUGGAUCUUAGAGAAAAAUGAAUAUUUAAAUUUUAAAGUUUGCACAUUUCAUCUUUGUCCUAACAUGAGUGCUUGUAACAAAAAUAAACAACAAAAAUAAAAAGCCAAAAACUACCUUUAUCCACAUGUGAAAUUACAGAUGAGGCAUACAAAUUUCUUUAAUGUUUCCCUUCCCUCCCCAAACGUCAUCUAACUGCCUAUACCUGGUGUCACCUCGAGAAUUGUUAAGUUAAUCCUAAAGGAAAAGAAAGCACUUAAGUUUCACAGAAGCCGUUAUGUUUGUAGUAAUGGGUCACUGCCUACUAAUGAACUCCAUCACUGUACACAGAAUGAAGAAUAAUGCAUGUUAAUUUUCUUGUAUUAAAGAUGCCGUGAUUUGUAAAAAAUCUGUAUUUUGCGGAAUGUCUGGAUUAAGAAGCAUUACCAAUAGGAAUGGAUCGAUAGUUGAAUGAUGAUUUUUUUAUACAUAGAUAUAUAAAAGACAGCCAGGAAAACUUAAAUUACUUUUCUUUAAAAGUAUCUCACCAUUUAUGUUUUUUUUUUUCAAAGACUGAUCUUAGACCAAGUCAAAUUCCCAUUUGUCAUUUACUUAUUUUUUGAGGUUAGAGAAAUAAUUUGUAAAUAUUUAUUUAGACCUUUGAUAUUUAUUAAAGCAAUUACUCACAAUGGAAGUGAAAGAAUCAGGAGAAAAGCCUUUUAAAAAGUUUUCUCCAGGUUUGUCAGGGUCACUCUGAAGAUAAAAAUGUAACUAAGUCUUCUGUGAAAUAUCGUCCAUCCAGUCUUGAUGCUGUUGCAGAUGGUGGUGACACAAAUUAAUCGACAAACUACUGCCAAACGGUGCACAACAUUUUGUACAAAGUACCCAGCAGCCCCGUUGGAUACAGUGUCUCUAAUGCCACAGUAACUUGGCAUCGCCGCUCCCUCCCGUUGCCGGGUGACGAGCGGUGUCGCCACGGUGCUCGGCGCUGAGGGAGAUGUCAGAACCACACCUUAACCUUCUUCCAUUGAUUUUCAAGUUUUAAAACUUCGAUCCACCCCUAUGAGAGCAAGUUGUUGUGGACAUAUUUUUGGUGUAAAAUCAUUCCAGAGUAUGUAAUAUUUACCUGAUAGCUGCAUGAAAGUGAGAUUCGUGUUACUUUGGCUUUUCUGUCUCUGUUGACACGGUUGCACAUUUCCAAGUUACUACAGCGUGAAAACUGUGUGUUUAAAAAAAAAAAAAAACUAAAAAUUAAAAAAAGAUUGUGGCCUGGUUUUGUAAAAGUUUUAGGUAAAAUUACAAUUGAUUGUUUUAGGAAUCAUGAUUAAAAAUUUCCUGCAGAUCAUAAAGCUAUAUCAAGGUGUUGAGCUUCGCCACUAUGCACAUUGUAAUUACUCAUCGUGGCUGUCCGGUUCCAUGAUGCAUUCUGGCAUUUUGUAAGCUGCUCUGACUAGCAAUAUAUAGAUUCAUUUAAUGUGUUAACAUUGGUUAAUAAAUGUAUUUAAAAAAA